AUGGAGACUGCCACGGAUGUCGAAAAGAGCGUGCAAGCUGCUAGACAUGCUCCCGUUGAAUCACCAAUCGCUGGAACCCCAUUCGAAGAGUUGCCCUAUGAUGCCCCAAAGGCUGAAGAGACGGAUGGCACCUCCGAGGACGCUACCCCGGGCAUUUGGACGAUAGUGUGGUUGACGACCGGCCUGUGCAUGGGCAUUUUCUGCGUUGCUUUAGACAACACAAUCCUCGCGACGGCGAUUCCCAAAAUCUCCCUCAACUUUAAGACUAUCAGCGAUGUCGGGUGGUAUGGCAGUGUCUACUUCCUCACCAUCUGCUCGGUCACCCUCCUGUUCGGGAAGCUGUACACGCUCUAUCCCCUGAAAUGGACCUUUUGCGCGGCUCUGUUCCUGUUCGAGCUUGGGUCCCUGUUGUGUGGGGUGGCACCCACCUCGACCGCAUUGAUUAUCGGACGCGCAAUCGCCGGCCUGGGCAGUGGGGGCAUCUUUCCCGGCGCCGUCCUGAUCAUGAGCGAGACGGUGCCGCUGGAGAAACGAGCCCUCUAUAACGCGUUGAUCACGGGCAUGGCUGGGAUUGCUGGUGUCACGGGACCCCUGAUUGGAGGCGCCUUCACCAACCACCUGACCUGGCGAUGGUGCUUCUACAUCAACUUGCCUUGUGGCGCUGUUACAGCUCUGGCGGUUCUCUUUUCGUAUCAUGACAAGGAACGAUCGGCGCGUUCGCAGCUGUCUUGGAGGGAGAAGAUGGGCCACCUUGAUCUCUGGGGACUGUUCAUCUUCGUCCCCGCCAUUGUCUGCCUGUUCCUGCCGCUGCAGUGGGCUGGCACCAAGUACCAUUGGCAGAACGCCCGGAUCAUCGUGCUGUUUAUCCUCUUCGGAGUGCUCAUAGCCGUCUGGGCCGCAAUCCAACGGUGGAAGCAGGAACGGGCCACGGUGCCCCCGCGGCUGAUUGCAAUGAGAAACGUCUGGGCCACAGCGGUCUACACCGUCUUCUUCUCCGGCUCCUACUAUGUGAUGGCCUACUACUUCCCGAUCUGGUUCCAAGCCGUCAAGGGCGCGUCCGCCAUGUCAUCGGGCAUUAUGAGCAUCCCGAUGAUUGCCGGCAUCUCCCUGUGUACCUUGAUCGGGGGCAUUGCCGUCAACAUGAUAGGCCACUACAUGCCCCUGAUGUAUCUGGGGACGAUCAUCCUCUCGAUCGGCUGCGGGAUGUGCAGCACUCUGACCGCGACCUCCGGCCACCCGGAGUGGAUUGGCUACCAGGCCCUCGUCGGCAUCGGGGCGGGCUUCGGCUUCAACAUCCCCCUCAUCGCCGUGCAAGCGUCGCUCCCGCCCGACGAUAUAGCGACUGCAACGGCCAUUGUCAUGUUUGCGCAGAAUCUCAGCGGCGCGUUGUUCAUCGCAAUCGCGCAGAACCUGUUCCAGAACCGGCUCGUCGCGGCCGUGGUGCAGUAUGCGCCGGACGUGGCGCCGGGGGAUGUGAUUGCCGCCGGUGCGGCGGACCUGGCGAGCUCUUUUUCGCCGGCGGUGCUGCCCCAGCUCCAGGAGGCGUAUAAUGCGGCGACGACGCAGACGUUUUAUCUUCCGGUUGCGGGGAGCGCGCUGUCGAUUUUGGGAGCGGUGUUUCUGGAGUGGUUGUCGGUCAAGAGGGAGAAGACUGCAAAAGUCCCUGCGGUUGUGCACUGA